AUGGAAGGAACAAGUGAUAGGGGGUUGUUGGAAUGUGGAAGGAAAUGCACUCCACCACCGUUUUUGUUGAAGACUUACAUGCUCGUGGAGGAUCCGGCCACCGACGAGGUCGUGUCGUGGAAUGCCGACGGGACGGCGUUCGUGGUGUGGCAGCCGGCGGAGUUUGCUCGUGAUCUCCUCCCAACACUCUUCAAGCACAGCAACUUCUCUAGCUUUGUACGCCAGCUCAAUACUUACGGAUUUCGUAAAGUUGCAACAAACAGAUGGGAGUUUUUCAAUGACAGGUUCAAGAAAGGUGAAAGAGAACAGCUAUAUGAGAUUCGGCGAAGAAAAGCUUGGAGCAGCAAGCAACAAGCUAAUGCACCAAACCAAGGCACACCUCAAGAUUCUGAUGAAGAUCAAAGGUCCUCAUCAACCUCAUCAUCUUCUGGCUACACUACUCUUGUGGAUGAAAACAAGAGGCUGAAGAAGGAGAAUGGGGUGUUGAACUCUGAGCUCACAAGCAUGAAGAGGAAGUGUAAGGAACUGCUUGGUUUGGUGGCCAAAUAUUCAUCACAGGCUGAAGAGAAGGAUGAAGAUGAAAGGCCAAUGCUGUUUGGAGUUAGAUUAGAUGUUGAAGGAGGGAGGGAGAUGAAGAGGAAUAGAGCUGAGAUAACUGAAAGCGCAAGCAUUAUGCUGUCUCAGUCAUGCAAAUAG